CGAAUGUCAGAGUGACAUGUGGCCUUUGUAGGUCCUUGUCCGGAGCGAAGGAGCUGUCGAAAAGGAAACGGUAGUCGGCGGUGGCCAUGGUGCGAAAUGGCUGUGUCGAUGGUAAAGCGAUCGGUAGAGAGGGGAAAGACGACGACCUUGAGUAUAGUGACUUGCCACAGUGUGGGACAUUCAGGCACAGGCAUACGUCGGGCGGGGAGAGGGGGUCUGUAUUCUUUCAUCCUGCAUCUUUCAUCCUUGUCUUCAUCACACAACUUUCUUUUCUACAUCUCGCUUUCAUCCCGCAACAACACUGCCAUCAGGACAGGACUCGAAGGCACCAUGUCUAGCAAAUACUCUACUCUGCCAGACAUCGAUACUCAACCGGAUGUCUACGAGACUACAGACGAGACCGCCGAGCGUGGUUCAGGAGUUCAGGGCAUGGACAGCCAGGUAAACAACUCGACAGGACAGCAAACUAUUGGCGUCUUUUGGUCCCCAGAGCUCAAGUUCAACUGUUUUUACGGCGUUAUGGCUCCAUGCGAAUGGGUCUCCUUUUAGGACUUUGAGAGCGACGAGGAGAGAGAGAACAUUGACAAGUCAACAGUCUCGGUCAAAGAUGCUGCUGCCCGUUUCAAGGA